GGCCACUGGCCCCGGACCCCUUCUCCCAGAAGCGUGGUGGCGAGGAGCUGGAGCAGAUCUCAGCGGGUGAGCGGGCUGCUUGGUGGGGCUCCGUGUGCUCCCCUCCGGCCCCUCCAGGAUUUUGGGGUGUUUAUUUGCAGAUAGCUUCAGGUACCGAGCAGCCGCCUGAGUCCUGAACCCGGGGAGAGAAAAACCAUGGGGAGCGGAAUGAGCAAGGUGGUCACGGGUCUCUACCUGGGGAACAUCCGCAACUCGGAGGACGGGGCCAGCCUGCGGAGGCACGGCGUGACGCACGUCCUCUCCGUGCACACCGGUGCCAAGCCGGUGCUGGAGGACAUGACCUACCUCUGCAUCUCGGCCUCGGAUUCAUCCAGCCAGAACCUGAUGCAGCACUUCAAGGAGUGCAUCAAGUUCAUCCACGAGUGCCGGCUCCACGGGGGAGGCUGCCUCGUUCACUGCCUGGCCGGGGUCUCGCGCAGCACCACGGUGCUGGUGGCUUACCUGAUGACGGUGACCGAGCUGGGCUGGGAGCGCUGCCUGGCCGCCACCCGGGCUGCCCGCUCCUACGCCAGCCCCAACCCCGGCUUCCAGCAGCAGCUGCGGGACUACGAGGGCACCCUGCUGAAGGAGUACCGCGCCUGGAUCCGCCGGGACUACGGCAGGAACCCCUUCAAGGACCAGGAGGAGCUGCAGCGCCUGCUGGCCCUGCAGGAGCAGGGGGUGGCACAGGGGGGGCACGGGGAGAGCUCCUGGGCCACCCCCCUGGCGCCCACCCCCUCGCUGCCCCCCAGCCGGAGCCGGCGGAUGAGCAGCUGAGCAGACAAACGUUGGCCUCGGGGCUGGCAAAAUUCGGUGUCCACUUUGCCGGGCACUUGUUGGGGGGUUCACAGUGCCGCGGUGAGCCCAGCCGAAGGGCUGGAGCUCAGGGGGGAGUGGGACUUGCAGCCCCCCCCCUUUGGCUGCUGGCUUCGUGUGGCUCAAUCCUA